AUGGAUACCAUCUUGGUCUUCAGCCUAAUCAUUACAUCCUAUGAUGCCAACAAGAAAGAACUCAGAGAUAGCCAUUGUCAAGUGGAACAGCUCCCUGGGCUCUUCUCAACGGGUAUGAGAAGCACCAGGGAUGUGCUAAUGCCAGAAGCUCAAGCAGAAGACAACAGGUCCACCUUCGUCCAAAUUCUGACUGUGGCUACCCUGCAGUGCCUUGCCUCUGGGAGCAAAGUAAAAGUCAGCCUUGAAUAUUCAGAGAAAAGGCCAAAGGUCAAGCAUACUCUAAAGAACCUGAGAGUUAUUGCUGCUCCCCAUAGAAACAGCACUGCUUUCCCAAGCUGUCACCUAACCCCCACAUCCAACUUUCAGAAUGGAUCUCUUCUAACAGGCAAAGCUUUUUUACCAGGGAUCUUCCAAUGUAAGGUCUACCCAGCAAUGAGGACUUCAUUAGAGGCUUUUCCCACCACUACCACCUCCAUAACUCCAGGGAAUAAAGAAGGAGAGAAAACUACAAGUUUAGACACAGAUGAAAAUCUAGAGAAGAGGCAGAAAUGGAGCAUUGUGGUCAAAUUUCUGAUUGCUGGCACUCUGUUGUUCAGUGGAAUCGCUAUUACAGUGUUUGUCAUUUUUGAAGUUCCAUGUCCUUGUCAAUGCCUAAGAACCAGAGAACUAUGCCAAUGCCGGCGAUUGUGGGGAAGGCAAAGGAAGGAAGGCCAACAACCUGAGGCAGCUGAACCCCAGCCUCACUCUCAGCCAGAGAAGGAAAGUGUUGGACAAAAUGCUCCCAACUCAAACUCAACGAAAGCUGCCGAGAUCACUGUUAUCCACCAGACAUACUUCUGAGAAGUUCUGCUCUGUCUCACACACUGCAUGAUGGAUACUAUACUGUCUUCUCACUAUUAUUAAUCAAGAUGGGCAGAUUCUUGCCAU